AUGAGAACUUUCCUGGAGGGGCAGCAGAGGAGAGAGGAGGGCUUGCUUGCAGAGCUCAGAGGGCUUCGAGCUGCCUUACCAGUUCCACUGCAGCAGCCUGAAGCAGAACGGAGGCCGGUAACACCAAGUCCAGCACCAAGAACCACUCCGCCAUCUGCUGGAUCAACUAUGAGCCUCCGUCUUGAGUUACCAACUCCAGCUCCUCGGCCACGACGCAGUUCUCCCGUGGAGGCACCAAGGAUUGGGGCAAGUAGCCUGGCAGAACCUCCUAGGUCUGAGAGCCGACCCUGGGGUGACCCCAAGAUCCCUCAGUAUCUGGCGGGAGAGGACAUUGAAAAUUACCUGCUCCGCUUCGAGCGCAUUGCCAGAACGUGGGGUUGGCCAGACAGUGAGUGGGCCUGUCGCCUGGUGCCUCUGCUCACUGGAAAGGCGCUGGAGGCUUACACAGCGAUGGAUGAGGACCUGGCUCACUCCUACCCGGACCUGAAGGCAGCGCUCCUGAUGAAAUUUGACGUCUCCCCGGAGACUUAUCGCCAGCAGUUCCGGUCCAUGGCUGUCCCACCAGGAGAGAACCCCACAGAGACUUACCACCGCUUAAAGGGUCUCUACCGUCGAUGGGUCCGGCCAGAGCAGCAUACAAAGGAGCAGAUCGGGGAGCAGGUCAUAUUGGAGCAGCUGCUGAGGGUCUUCCCGGCUGACAUCCGCACCUGGGUGAAGGAGCAUGAGCCGACGGAUGGGCUAGCUGCAGGGAAGCUGACACUGCAGUACCUUAACGCACGGAGGGGAGGCCCGACAGUCAACCAGGGUGGACCCAGUCGGCAGGUUUCAUCACAGCCCAGACCAGCGGCCAGAGCCAGCCAGCAUCCAACAGGAGAACCUCGGUCCGCACCUCGCCAGCGCAGCCCUGGUAAGGAGCUUAUUUGUUUUUACUGCCAGCAAGCAGGACACAAGGCUGCUCUGUGCCCCAUCAGAAAAGCCAAGCUUAGCAGUGCCUGCUACACUCCCCGAGCGGAGGUUGCAAGUGCUGGGGGACGGCAACCAAGAUUCAAGGAAAUAACCAUAAAUGGGGAAUGUGUGACUGCUUUGGUUGACUCUGGGAGCUUCCUGACGCUGGUGCGAAGGGAGCUGGUGCCAACGGGCAGUGUGGAUUAUAGCAGACAGGAAGACAUUCUGUGCGCACACGGGGACAGCCAUUCCUACCCCACAGCUGAGGUGACAGUGGUAGUGGACGAGCAGCCUUAUCUGCUGACUGUGGGGGUGGUGGAUAGGUUGCCUGUGGCUGCGAUCCUGGGUUGGGACUUCCCAGUGCUACUGGACGUGCUGCUGGAGGCAGGACCCACAGCCAGUGACCUGGGGAAAGGGUUUUCUGGGCUGGUGAUCACCCGUGCCCAGGCCAGAGCGGGGAUUGCAACCGGCCCAGGGCAGGAAAAGGGCCCUGA